AUGACCUACGACGGACGGCAAGCUUGCCCCGAGCACCCGGAUUCACAAGCGACGUCAUUGCUCGCGUCCCGCAACGACCACGAUCGUGACUACGACGACGAUAGCGACGAUAACCGCCAACACCACCCCGACGUAGCCAAGUCUCAUCGCCGCUCGUCUCAGUCUGGCUCCGAAUCGUCGUGGACCGAUACCGGUGAUAUUGGCGAGCAGCUGGCCGACGAGCACGACCCUGUUCGUCUACAGCUCUCUUCAGACGUUGAGGACGAACUUCUGGCCAACGUUCAUCGCCGACAUCCCAAGCACGGCAACCAGAAGAGGGUUCGCAUCCAGGACUCACAUCACCACCGUCAUUCUCAGUCGCGAUCUGCCCUUAUCAACAAGGAGGCUAUCGAGGUUCCUAACUUCAACCCCCCAGGUCCCUCCCGCGCUGAACGUGUACUCGGCGCCAUCAUGGCUGGACGUACAGGUUCAAUCCAUGGCCUAACAGGCAAGGCCCUGAUACUGACCUCUACCAGCUACUUCACCAGUAUCUUCGUAUCACUCGGUGUUUUCCUUUUUGGAUAUGAUCAGGGUGUCAUGUCAGGAAUUAUCACUGGACCAUACUUUAUGGAUUACUUUGAUCACCCUUCCAAAGCAUACGUUGGUACUAUGGUUGCUAUCUUAGAGAUUGGUGCAUUCAUCACUUCCCUAAUGGUCGGUCGCAUUGGCGACAUCAUCGGUCGACGACGCACCAUCUUCUACGGGUCUUGCAUCUUCUUCGUUGGAGGUGCUCUCCAGACUCUGGCUACUUCUAUGCCCAUGAUGAUGGCUGGACGUUUCGUUGCCGGUUUCGGAGUUGGUAUGCUCUCGACCAUUGUGCCUGUUUAUCAGUCUGAGAUCUCGCCCCCUCACAACCGAGGAAAACUGGCAUGUAUUGAGUUCACAGGAAAUAUCGUCGGUUACUCAACAUCUGUCUGGGUUGAUUAUGGCUGCGGCUUCAUUGAGAGUGACUAUUCUUGGCGCAUCCCCCUUGGACUGCAAUGUUUCAUGGGUGCUCUCCUUGGACUCGGCAGUCUGGUCAUUGUUGAAUCGCCUCGAUGGCUUUUGGACAACGACCAUGAUGAGGAAGGUAUGGUGGUCAUUGCUAACCUGUACGGCGGUGGCGACAUUCAUGAUCCCAAGGCUCGAGAUGAAUAUCGCGAAAUCAAGAUGAACGUCCUUCUUCAACGCCAGGAAGGCGAGCGAACAUACAAGGACAUGUUCCGUCGAUACAAGACCCGAGUUUUUAUCGCCAUGUCCGCCCAAGCGCUCGCCCAGCUUAAUGGCAUCAAUGUCAUCUCGUACUACGCACCGUACGUUUUUGAGUCUGCUGGUUGGGUUGGUCAUGACGCUGUCCUCAUGACUGGUUUCAACAGUCUCACAUAUCUCAUGUCAACAAUUCCUCCGUGGUACCUGGUGGAUCGUUGGGGCCGACGCAAGAUCCUUCUUUCUGGUGCCACGGCCAUGGCUAUCUCACUAUCGCUCAUCUCUUACUUCCUCUUCCUCGACAUCAAGUGGACUCCUCGAUUAGUUGUUUUGUUCGUCAUGAUCUACAAUGCCGCUUUUGGUUACUCAUGGGGACCUAUUCCCUGGCUCUAUCCUCCCGAGAUUCUCCCUCUCAGCAUUCGAUCAAAAGGUGCCAGUCUGUCAACAGCAACCAACUGGGCGGCUAACUGGCUUGUGGGUGAGAUGACGCCUAUUCUCCAGGAAUGGAUCAAGUGGCGCAUGUAUCUGGUUCAUGCGUUCUUCUGUGUGGCCAGUGUUGUCAUUGAGACCUGUGGUGUGCGCCUGGAGGACAUGGACUCGCUCUUUGGAGACGCCAGUACCGUCGCUGGUACUCCUUCGCUACACGGCACUGAAACCGGUUCUUUGAUGAGGGCCGGAUCUCCUGUAGGAUCCUCUCGAGGGCUUAUUGGACCCUCAUCUGCUAUCCCCGGGCUUUCUCUCGACCCCCCCGCGAUCGACGAUGACAUCAAGUCCCAGAUGCAGACCGGUGGCGAUGAACGAAGUAUUGGUGGCUGGCUAUCAAGAGUGGUCGGACGAAACAGGUCCGAUAGUGGCAGCAGCGCGCAAGGUCGCUAUGCUCCUCUUGGCCAACAAGAAGAAGGCCGAGAAGGCCGACGUGAUGACUAUUGA